GUCGCCUUGCAGCCACUCUGGUGGCUCAGGGGCAAACCCUUGAGGCAGAGAGGCUGUAUCGCCAGGCAGUCCAGGGUCUUUCCGGCAUGCUCGGCAAUGCCCAUGUAGAUGCCCUGGUGUGUCAGAGAGGCCUCGCCAGUGUCCUCCAUCGCAACGGGAAAUUGCAGGAAGCCGAAGUCGCCUACAAACGUGCGUAUACCGGUUUCAAAACGCGGUUGGGUUUGAAGCAUUCAAAGACGCUUGCAGCCUUGGAAGGUCUGGCGGCGGUCCUCAAGGAAGCAGGCAAAUCUGAAGACGCUGAGCUCCUCUACCAGAAGCUCACCACCGUCCUGGCUUCGGUCUAUGGCGAGAGCAGUCCUGAAACGCUGAGUGCAGUAGGACAUCAUGCCUCCGUUCUGAGAGAUCAGGAGCGCUUGGAAGAAGCCGAAGAGUUGUAUCGCUUUGUCCUGCAGGGCCUAGUCCAACACUACGGUGAAGAGGACAUGCUGAGCAUCUCAUGCCAGAACAAAUUGGCUGCAGUGCUGCAACAAGAGAGGAAGUUUGCAGAGAGUGCAGAGCUCUUCAGGAGGACGGUGAAGAGCCUAGUGAAGCAGCUGGGGCUGGAGCAUCCAGAGACCCGCAAAGCCAUGCUGGGCUUGGCGAUGGUUUUAAAGGAGGAUUGUCCUGUUGAAGCUGCUGCACUCAUUCGACUACUUCAACCUGCAAGACCAAGCAGUUCACGGGCACAGAGCAAGGCGCCCCGGCGGCCCAACUCCUUUACUGGCGGCCAAGGUGAUCUGAAGCUGGACAUGAGUGCCGACUUCCGUCGCCAUGUGACCGCCUGAUCGGUUUUGAUCAUCUGACUGUUUGUGUCGGGAGAUGACGACCUGUUUCUGCACCUGCAGAUGUGACCUGGGAAAAAGAAGCCAAGCAGAUGGGAUCAGAUGGGGAUGGGGUCUCGGUUUUGG